AUGUUUACUAGUCGGGAUGCUAGGGACUCCAGACCCGAUAGAGAGCUGAGAAUGAUGAACGAUGUGCUUAUGACAUAUCCUUACACUGUUAUACACCUACCAGCACAGAAUAUGCUUUCAACACCUAAGGGUAUGGUCAACAUAGCCGAGAAUUACCGAGACUAUCCUAUCUUAGCAAUAUUCUAUGUGAAAUACCUAAUGAAAAAGUCACCAUACCAGGUAAUUCCAGUGAACUUGGAAUGGCCGGAGCCUUAUGUGGUAUUAAAUACUAUCCUUAAGCGCCUAAAAGAACAUAAGUUCUUUGCAAAUAAAGACAAAGAAGACUUUGCUGAAAGGCUUCAUAAGUUAAUUGCUCCUGAUGUAAGCAUUCCUGAAUCGAGGAAAGACGAAAUUUUGGGUCAACAGAAGAAGGAACGAGUUGUCACCAAAACGAUUAGUGAGAACUUCCUUGAUCCUGUGAAUGCAAGGCCUCGAUUGCAGCGAUUCUUUGAAAAACUUCAUAAUGGCACAUUGGUUGAAAAUCUCGAGGUUGGUUUGUGUAAAGUUGAAAUCCUCGUAUCAUCCAAAGCAAUGUUAGGACAACCCCUCAAACUUCAAUUUAUGGCCGCCAAUGUCCGGGAGCUCUGGGUAGGAGAGAUGGUGUGUAAUAUGAUCACCAACGAAACAGAUUAUGGUUUUGAUGAGAGAGGAGGGGACGACGAUGAGGGCAGUUCUGUGGAAGUACAGAACUCACAAUCUGCAUCUCCUGGUCAAGAUCAAGAGGCUCAAAGGGCACCAGAGGCACCAGAGACAUCCUCACAGUUAUUUGAUAAGAUUGUUUCCGCACUUCAGGAUGACCCAGAUUCCGCUAAGGCUCAGCUCGGACAAUGCAGGAAGCUUGCAAACUAUUUAUUGAGUCAUAAGCGCGAACAAGAAGAUUUUUUUAUGCAAACGAAGGAUACCCGUGCUCGGCUAUAUCUAGAUCUCAAAGGGUGCCUUGGGAGCAGCUGGAAAUUUAGCAUAUAUAGAGGUGUCAGAUGCAAGCAAAAUGGGCAAUUAAAAGUAAGCCUUAAACCAAGCAAUUCUGGUCACCUCUCCGGAUUUUGGGUGAAUAUCAAAAUGACCUCACAAGGUAACACUUUGGAUGAUAUUGGGUUACAAGUCAGGUGUGACAUUCUAGGUAAAGACACCAACAGAAGAGGAGGCUCUGAGAAGGAUCCUGAGGAUCAAAGUGAAACUGAGUCCAGUGGAUAG